GGCCGCCCCCGACGUCACGUGUCUGUCGCCUCAGCUGAUUCGGUGCGACCGGAAGGAGAAAGACUCGGGCUGGGCUUCCUGGCGCGAUGAGGUUCCGGUUCUGUGGUGAUCUGGACUGUCCUGACUGGGUCCUGGCAGAGAUCAGCACACUUGCCAAGAUUUCCUCCGUGAAGCUGAGGUUGCUGUGCAGCCAGGUGCUGAAGGAGCUUCUGGGACAGGGAAUUGACUAUGAGAAGGUCCUGAAGCUCACUGCUGACGCCAGGUUUGAGUCGGGCGAUGUGAAAGCCACAGUGGCAGUGCUGAGUUUCAUCCUCUCCAGUGCGGCCAAGCAUAGUGUGGAUGGAGAGUCCUUGUCCAGUGAAUUGCAGCAGCUUGGGCUGCCUAAAGAGCACGCGGCUAGUCUGUGUCGCUGUUACGAGGAGAAGCAAAACCCCCUGCAGGAGCACCUGCGGGCCUGCAGCUUGCGUGUGAAUAGGCUGGCAGGCGUGGGCUGGCGGGUGGACCAUACCCUGAGUUCCAGCCUGCUGCGGUCCGUGGAAGAGCCCAUGGUACACCUGCGCCUGGAGGUAGCAGCUUCACUGGGUGCCCCGGCCCAGCCUGUUGUUAUGUCCCUCUCAGCAAACAAGUUCCGGGUCCUUCUGGCAGAACUGAAGCAGGCCCAGACCCUGAUGAGCUCCUUGGGCUGAGGAGAGGAGUGUUUGGGACCCUCAUGAAGCUGUCCUACCCAUGUUGAGUUGCUGCCCUCCGAACUUCUCUUCAGGACCCUGGGGGCCUGUCCUGUAUCUCUGGCUUCCUAGGUACCUACUUGAGAAUUCAGCAUAGGGAUCCCAGCAUUGCCUCCCCUCCCUUAUGAAAGACACUUGUCAAUGGUUUUCUCGAGCAGGAAGAAUAAACAGAAGCGUAAAGGA